AUGUCGACUCCUACUGCUCCUGAAAUCCGGUGGGCGCAGCGCAGCUCUGCCACUGAGGCUGAGAAGUAUGUGCUUACACCUCAGAACGUUGUUCUGUUGACCAUCAAUGUCCCCAACCUCGAGGAGGGUGACAAGACCAAGCUCGAAAUUAACCCGGGCCACCUGCACUUUUCGGCGGACGUCGAGGACGACGCCUCGAAGGGUAUCAAGGGCCAAAAGUACCUCUUUGACCUCGACUUUUUCGAGGACAUUGAGCCCGCGCACACCAAAAAGUCGCACACGGCCAAGGGCAUUUACCUUGUCCUGCGCAAGGCCAAGGUCGAUGAGGAGUACUGGCCUCGUCUGACCAAGGACAAGGUCCGUCUGCACAACGUCAAGACCGACUUUGACAAGUGGGUCGACCAGGACGAGCAGGAUGAGAAGCCCGACCUGGACAUGGGCGGCAUGGGCGGCAUGCCGGACAUGGGCGGCAUGGGCGGCGGCAUGGGCGGCGGUGGCAUGGGCGGCCUCGACAUGCAGCAGCUCAUGGCCCAGAUGGGCGGCGGUGGCAUGGGCGGUGGCAUGCCGGACUUGAGCGCUCUCCAGGGUGAGGGUGACGAAGGCGACGAAGGCGAGGAGGAGGCCGAGGAGGCCAACGCCGAGUAA